UUAUUCUCACUCUACCCCAAAACUACAAGACCUCUUUCCUGGAGCAACUCCAUGAGCACUGCACAGAGAAUGAAAAUGAAGUUUCUUUCUUCCAGAGCAAAUGUUGUUAUCAAGAGAUGCGCCGAGGCUAUGUGCACGACGGCAGAAGAUCUGCGAAAGCAGUUUGAGGAGGAAACACCUGAGUGGACAAAGUUUAACAGAGAAGAAUUUGCUCGCAAUCUGUUGGAGUUCUGUUGCUUCAAGGCGCUUAAUUCAUCUCCAUGGAAAUCUACCAAAAGGUUGGGUGACAGGGAUUUUAGUUGCUUCACAUUUGAUAUGAUGAUUGCCUGGGAAUAUCCGAGUGCAGAGCAAGAGAAAGAAUGCUCAGAGGAGGAUCAACGGAGAGGGAUAGAAAUGGAGGCGAAAGAGGCGGAAGAUGAGAGCUCUCUUUUCUAUUCUGACUUGAUGCCUAUGUUGGUGGACGUGGAGAGCAGCGUGGGGGAGGCGGCAUUUAUACGGUUAGGUCCAGCAAUGCCUCUGGUUGCUGACGUUGUAAGCGCUCAUUUCCAGUUCCAAACUCUCACCGCCUCUACAGCAGGACGCCUUCCCUUUCCUCUAUACCAUAACUAUCUCAAUCAACUGCACAAAGGUAUGAAGCUUGUAAAGAGUCAAUCGAAUACUUCAUUAGAUCUUGCGGAAAAGGAAAGAGUAUUGCACAUUGAUGGCACUGCAACAACACAGAGAGUAGUGCGCCAUAUUGGCGGGACCAGCUGGCCUGGACGGUUGACAUUAACCAACUAUGCUCUGUAUUUUGAGACCUCGGGGGUGCUUACCUACGAGAAGGCUUUAAAGUUUGAUCUUUCAACGGAUACACAACAUGAAGUAAAAGCAGGUUCGACAGGUCCUUGGGGUACACUUCUCUUCGACAAGGCUGUCAUUUACAGCUCACCUGAAAUAGAAGAACCUCUGAUACUGGAGUUUCCAGAAUUGACUGGGUCAAGUCGGCGUGAUUACUGGCUGGCUAUAAUAAAAGAGGUGAUAAGUUUACACAAAUUUAUUAGAAAGUUCCAUCUUCAAGGCAGAGAAGAAGAGGAAACAAUGGGUAGAGCAAUGGCUGGUGUAAUUCGGCUUCAUGCAACAAGAGAAACCUUUAAAAUAUUUCCACCAUGUCCUGAAAACUUGCUAACAUUCACCUUAUCAGAAGAGUUGCUCCCAAAAGGCGACUCUGUUUCCCAAGAAUUGGCUAAUUCUGUUCAAUCAUGUACAAAUAUGUUUUGGAGCGCAGCCUUACUUUUGAGUGAAGAAAAUGAGGAGGAAAGGGAGGCGUGUGGAGGAGGAGGAGAAGCUCAGGUUCAGGUUGGUGAAAGAACAGCUCUGGAGGCAUGUGUUCAUGAAUCAAGAGAGGAAGCCAAGAAAACAGAAAUUGCAAGGAUCAGCAUAGAGGGGUUGCUAGCAGAAGGAAUAACUGGAAAUGGUACAAUUCUUAUGGAACUUCUAAGUCCACUAAUGAAUAUUGUACCUUGGUUUCAAGAGCUGCUAAACUGGCAAAGACCGUUCACAACAGCCUCAGUGUUCCUUGUUACCCUCCUAAUAACUUACAAGGAGUGGAUUGGUUAUGCUGUGUCUGCACUUCUUUUCAUGGGUGCGGCACUUCUGCUAUGGAUAAGAAGAACAAACAUAAAAGACAAGUACAAUGAGAUUGUGGUUUCUACCUCUUCUGAUCAGAGUAGCAGCAGUAGCAUCAGCAUGGAGACUGUAGUGUCUGCUCAACAAGCUAUUAGCUACCUUAAUUCAUCUCUAAAAGCAACAAAUAUCAUUCUUUUGAAAUUAUUGUCGAUUGCACUGUCAAAGCCUAGAAAGCACUCGAAUGAAGUGAUUUUGGGAUUGGUGGGGCUGGCUAUAACAUUUCUAUUUAUUCCACUGAAGUUUAUUAAUAUGGGCAUUAUAACGCAUGUAUUUACAAAGAAUUUGGCAGUAAGACAAUCAAGCUCAAGGUCAUCGGAUAGAAGUGCGAGGAGGUUAAAGGACUGGUGGGAUAGUGUUCCAGCAAUUCCUGUUCGUCUCGAAAAAUAGAAACCCAAAUUCUCAAUUGUAAAUAUUUAUUUUCUAAUUGGUUAAAAAGUUGCAUUGCUUUUAUUUAUUUUUAUAAUAUAGUUGGCAUCUCCAAUAUUCUAAAGUUUGGGGAGCUAAUUUAUUUUUUGAGGGUAGAUGAAUUGAUUUAAACUAUUUUUCAUUAGUAUUUUUAAAUUGAAAAAUAUUUUCUCCUCUUUUCCAUUGAGGUUAAAUAUUUUUUUUCCUUUCU